UCGUGAUCAAGAACCACGUGAUCCCGGAAGAAACGUAAUGCGGAAUCUUUAAAGUACAAACAAUGACAUCCGGCUUACUGUCAACGUUCCUGUUUAAUUUAAAUAUGUAGCAAUUUAUCGUUGAUAUUUGUCUAAAUACACAGUUAGUUUUUUUUAAACGCAAUGUUUGGGCUGAAACGGAGCAAACGUAUCGCCAACAGCGCGGCGUUCUCGCUUAAAAUGUGUUUGCAGGUGUGUAAAAUUCCAUGGCUUUCCACGCCCACGCGAACUCUUCUGGAAAUGUACCCCCCGAAUCCCUCCAAGAUCGAGGUUAUCUCUGAGUUGAGUAAGAGCUCGGUGCUGAUGAGGUCGCGUCGUCAUGUGGAGAAAAAGCUUCAUGCCAUGCGGCAAGAAGGCCCCGCCAGUGUUCAUGUUAUUGCAGACUAUGACAUGACGCUGACCAGAUUCGCCUACAAUGGAAAGAGAGUCCCCACCACUCACAACAUCCUGGACAGCCGGCUGUUGGUUAAUAAGGAAUGUGGCAAAAAGAUGAGGGACCUGUUGAGCACUUAUUAUCCAAUAGAGAUUGAUGCUCGCCUGACUCUUGAGGAAAAGCUUCCCUUCAUGGUGGAGUGGUGGACGAAGGUUCACCAGCUGCUGGUUGAGCAGAAGAUCAGGAAGGAUCUUCUCGCUCAAGCUGUCAGGGAGUCUUCUUCAAUGCUGAGGGACGGCUACAAAGUCUUCUUUGACUGUCUGGCUGAUGAGAACAUUCCUCUGCUGAUCUUCUCUGGCGGUGUUGGAGAUGUCCUGGAGGAGAUGAUCCGCCAGCACCACGUCUUCCAUCCCAACAUCCACGUCAUUUCCAACUACAUGGACUUUGACAACACUGGUGUUCUGCGAGCAUUCAAAGGUCCGCUGAUUCACACCUUCAACAAGAGUCAAGGUGCGCAGUCACACGCCGCCCGCUUCCCAGAACUCCACGCCCACCCCAACGUGCUGCUGCUGGGAGACUCCCUGGGGGACCUCAACAUGGCGGCAGGGGUGCCCGCGCCCCGCAACAUCCUCACUUUAGGCUUCCUCAAUGACCAGGUGGACGAGAGGAGGGAGUCCUACAUGAACUCUUUUGACAUCGUGCUGGUGAAGGAUGAGACGAUGGACAUUCCGAACUCCAUCCUCAGGUUUUUGACGUCAUCUGGAGCCAACAAGUAAGACUGAAUGGACUAUUUUUAUUUUUAUCGCUUUUCGCAUGGAAAUACCUCCCUCUGACCUCAGGACACAUUUGGACCCCUAUUCUUUAAGACUCUAAGAACCCUGUCAGAGAGCUCCUAACUCAACAUAAAACAUCUUAGCUUAGGAGGGGUGGAAUGGAUAGAAACUUCUAGUGUCUUGAUGAGGAAUUUGGUUGACCCUUUUGGUAGGUAUUCAUCAUGUUAUAUGAAUUAUCAGCUAUACUUUAAAAGUAUUCUACGAAUGUAUGAAAACUUAUGCCCUUGUGCUAGUUAUACUUCUUAGCUCAAAAAUAGUUGCCAUGCUGGUAUUUUUUCCACUUUCAACAUUUUAACUUAAUAACUUAAUAAGGGACGGCGUGGCGCAGUGGAAGAGUGGCCGUGCGCAACCCGAGGGUCACUGGUUCAAAUCCCACCUAGAACCAACCUCGUCACGUCCGUUGUGUCCUGAGCAAGACACUUCACCCUUGCUCCUGAUGGGUGCUGGUUGGCGCCUUGCAUGGCAGCUCCCUCCAUCAGUGUGUGAAUGUGUGUGUGAAUGGGUAAAUGUGGAAGUAGUGUCAAAGCGCUUUGAGUACCUUGAAGGUAGAAAAGCACUAUACAAGUACAACCCAUUUAUCAUUUAAUUAGCAUUUAGGAGGGUAAAAUGGCUUAGCUUUAAUCAAUGUCUGAUUGCUGGCCUGUAAGAAGCAGUGUUGAUUGGCUUUCAUUUAUGGUGGUGUUGCAUUGUGGCGUUGGAUUGGAGAAGUGAAUCUCCAUUUUUUUACCUUGCUUCGGGAACUCAUAAGUCAGCGUUUUUCAACCUUAUGUGAGCCGAGUUGCAUUUUUUUCACAGAAAAAAUCCAGAGGCACACCCCUAGCAGAAAAUGUUACAAAAUGAAACUCAAUAGUCUAUAUUGACAGUAGAAAGUUGUUCUCAUAAAAUACCUGACACAGUUGUUCAAUAGGAAUUUCAAACCAUAAAGAUAACCAUCCAUGCUUCACUAAUUCGCUUGUCUCAAAGUAGGCCUACAAAGCAAUUAGCUACCUGCUGCCACCUACUGAUAUGGAAGAGUAUUUUGUGGUUACUAUGCCGAUUUCUAGACAGCACAGACACUCAACAAAGGCACAUAUGUGGAUUAUAAUUAUCUGUCCAGCCAUUUUACCUCUUGUUUCAAGCUAAGACUCCGUUAAAAUGUUUGGAAUCACUUUACGACAAAUGUAUUCUUGUUGAGACUGUUCGGAUUCAAAGUGUACACAUUGUGUACUUUUUUCGUGAUUUUAGACUCCUUUAUACAUUGUCUAUAAAUAUUAACGUAUAGAUUGUUGUACAAGGAUGCUCAACAACUUACCAUGCUUUUGUACAAGUUCUAUAUUGUUGCAAACCUUAGUAAUUCUUAGUUACUGCUUUUGUAAGACAUUUUUUUGAGCCUAAAAAUGUAAAAGUUGAACUUAAUAUACACUUUGUUAGGUACAACUGUACAGUCUAUGUACAAAAAUGUAUACUAUAAUGUCUUAAUCAGAUAUUUUUUAAGUGUCUCUAAUAAAACAACUCGUGAGUUGAUAUUACAUUCAAAACAACUAUUUCCAGGUAAACAGUUGUCAUUUUUAAAAUUUAUUUGUAAAAACAGUAAAAAAAAAAAAUUGGUAUUGAUACAACCAAAAUGUUCAAAGUGCACCUAAAAUGUUUAUUUUUUUAAACACAAUUGGCAAUACACAUUUUUUCAUAGGACAUUGGUGCUGGUCGUGUAAUGACUCCCAAUGGUACUGGUCUUGCAUCGAUUCUCCUUUUGUGACGUUGUGUUUUUUUUGUUGACCAUGUUUCAAAUAAGGAUGCUUUGUUUAGUCCUAAAAAUUACAACAGAUCCAUUCACUUCCAGCUAAAGUUACACAUAUAUAUUAAAACAGUUUGUGUCCUUUAAGUGUUGACUUUUUGUCCCUGAGACAAGGAAGGCUCAUCGCGUGCAUCACAACUCGUCGUGCUCAGCCUGUUCCCGCUCUUUGUCCUCGUCCACCUUAAGCUUGAGCUCGUCUGCUGUAAUGCGUCCGUCUUUGUUGCGGUCCUGGUUGGAGAACAUGUCGACGAUGACUUCGUCGGCCGUCAUUCCAGGCUUCAUGCGCCCUUUGCCUUCCAAUACCUGGAGCUUGAUAAACUCGCCAAACUGCGGACCACAACAUAAUGUGAAAUUACUUUUCAGUGUGAUUUUACAUUCAAUGCCCCACACUCGUUUGGACACGUGUAUGUAAAACAUUCGCCACAGUAGAUUUUUGUUUUGCAUAACAGAGCUGUUUUUCCUCCUAAAAUAUGUACCUGACAAAAAUGUCCACUGCAAAGGACACUGGCUCUCAAAUAUGGUCUAGUGGUGGUGUCUGUCUGCUACUAGCAAACAGUAUCAGAUUUACAAUAUAAACUGAUAUAAGACACAAACAGUCCUAGCUCGACGUGUGCCAAUAAGCACAUUAAGUUGGUCUUGUUUUUUAGUGAAGUUUACAAAAGGUAAGCAUACUGGGCUAAGUGAUAAAACAUCAAUUAAAAAAUGUUUUAUAAAAUGUAUUUCUUCCUCGUUGGAAGAAACCGGAAGUUACAAAACAAGAUCGGAUGGAUAAACAAAGCACUCGUUCUCUGAUAACCAAACAACGCAGGAAGUGAUCACUAAUCAGUGGGAGUGACAAACUAACAGCUGGUCAGGUAACCGUAUUAACUAUCAAGGUUGGUUUGCAACAUCUUGUCUUGGGGUUAAUUCUUGAGUGAGGAGAAAAACAAUUAUGAGAAAAUGUGUUUUUAAACCAGUGUGGUCUGUAAAUGAUGUAAGGCGCUCAUCCUUAUUUAAUAGUUUAUAGUUUAUGAUUUUGUUUACAAUGAUUGUUUUCUAUGGUCGUGUUGACAUUUCCUUUCUGCCUUUAUACCAAAAAAGAUCAUAAUCAGCAGGAUUACAUAUAAAUAAAAAUGUUUCCAUUAAAUAUAUGUAUAGAUAAAUAUAUAUAUUCCAUUAAAUAUAUAUUUUUUCCUAGUCCUUUUGAUCAUAAAAAAUUACCACUAAUUAUCGAUAACAACCGGUAUGAAACACAUCGUGAUACAGUUCUCAGCCAUAUCAUCCAGCCGUAUGAUUGGCUAUCGGAGGAGCUAACGACUACACAAUAGGUGUCCUUAAUUCAACAAUAUUCCAGUCUAGAACGGGACAUUUGUCAACAUAAACAAUUACGGUUACAUAUUCACGCAAAAUAUCCAAAGUAGAAUUGUAUUAGAAGGUAUCCAGUAACAAACGUGUCCGCAUCAUUUAACUUAACUUACUAACUUUUGCCAAAAACUAAUUACCACUUGAACGUAUUUAAGGCAAUUAAUAAUAAAUUGCAGGGUUCUUUCUACAUGUAAAACUUCUACAUCUACAUGGCCUGUCGGAGGCGCAUCAGCAGCUAGUCGUGCACCUGAACAGAGUUGACACGAGAGAAUGUUGAAAAUAAAUAUAUUUUAAGCUUAUGAAUGCAUUUCUUCUUCAAGCCAGUGUAAACUACCCUAAAUCUUUUGACAUUACUACCGACAAUGUAGGUUGUGUGCGUCUGCGAACCUCUAUUUGGAUGUCGUUUUGUGGAGUGUGUGUGUUUGUCCCUGUGCAUGUGUGGAUUUUCUCCGGGCACUCCAGUUUCCUCCCACAUUCCAAAAAAGUGCAUGUUAGCUUCAUGGCAAACGAAUUGUCCGUAGAUAUGAAUGUUGGUGUGAAUUAUUGUUUAUAUACAUUAUAUGUGCCAUUAGCUGUGCUAAUCGGAGUUUGAUUUUCUAUGAGCCAGUCCAUUGUACGUUAGCAUUAAGCUAUUAGAAGAGCUCAACCUUCAGCCUGCCUAAUUGUGUUUCUUUUUUCAGUUUAUUCCAAAUUAUAUUAUUAAUUUAAUGUUAUUUUUUCAUGUAUGUACACUUCAUGUGUAUGUAUAUAUAAAUGUAUAUUUUUGGUGUGGGUAGUUUUAAAAUUAUUUUAUUGUGAAGAAUAUCAAAAAAACACUUUUUUAUCAAAUAUAAUUCAAAAGACUGUCCACAUACUUGAAAAAUUAAAUUCCAACAUUCAUGGAGGGCAGCAUAAAGUGUAGCCAGUCUUACUUUUUACAAUAAGUAGCAACCAUUGAAACUGCAUUGAGCAAACAGCACAGUCUUGUUAGAAUUUUUAAAUUAAAUAUAUGCAUCAUUGCAAAUCAAAAUGAGCAAGUCCUAUAUAUUAGAUUGACCACGCCCCCACCACCACAAAGAUAGUGGAGAUCUAGGGGGAAACCCUCAAUAGGUUUGUUUUAUACCUUCUAUUGUUUUUUUUACAGUAAUUACACUUGAUCAAGUGUUUUCUAAUGUUCCACGCUACAAAAUAAGUAUGAACUAGAUUGUUCAUGCUGAUACAAGUAAAAUUCAAAAAAUUUAAAUAUUGGGCUAGAGUUCAACCUCCAAUGUGAAAGAAACUAUUCUGUGAUGAAAACUCAGAUGCAAAAUGAGAUAUGGCAAGCCUUUAUUUUUAAUAAUUUAGAUGACCAUGUCUGAUAGUCAAAUUUUCUGAGAUUUUCAAUGCAACGUUUUCAUAAGCUGCCAUAAAUAUCCAAAUAUAUUGUUGCAUGUUGCGAGCCUAAGUCAUAUAUUAGUUGCACCUCGGAAAUGUAAUCGCAAGAUAGACUAAUUUUUAGUUUCACCUGUACAGUAUUGGAUAACAUAGGUAGCAACUCAUCGGAAGUGAAAAUGUUAUAUUGGGACAAUCCACAAUGUGACCUUUUGCUUCGACACACUGUCACUUUUUUUGAUGUCAACGCACCUCCUCUUCGGGGACUUCUCCGUCCUUGUUGAUGUCCAGCGCCUGGAAGAGUUCAGUGGGCGUGUCAUCCAGCCACACAAACAGGUAACCAGGCGGCACGCCCUUCUCGAAGCUUGCCAUUUCCACGUCAAAGACCAGCACGGCGCUGCCGGGCACGCCGGUGGCUGCAAACGUCACCAGGUCACGUCAACACUCUCCUUUCCGUCAUGUUUGGCAUUUAGGGCAGCGCUCACCUCCUUUUUCUCCGUGGCCCAAGUGAGGGGGAACUGUCACCAGCCUCCUUUCCCCAAUGCACAUGCCGUGCAGACCCUCGUCCAGACCGUCAAUCACCUUGUCCGAGCCCAGGACCGCAUCCUGCAAGGUCUUGUAGUCGUGUCUGACAAGCGAGGGGACACACGGCAUCAUGGCUCAGACUCAAUACUCUAAGUCUUGCGUUUCAUGGAAUUACCAGCAUCUGGCAAAGUUCACCAGUAACUACUUGCAACAAAAUAUCAACUCACCUCAUUUUUUACAGCAUGAUAUGAAAUUGUUAACUAAACGGUGUCAAUGUCCUAUGGCAGUGGUUCUCCAACUUUUUUCUACUACAUACCACCUCAGAAACACUUGGCUCUCCAAGUACCACCAUAAUGAGCAACAAAAAAAUACAGUGGCGUAGUAGGCCUAAAUAUUAAUUAAACAAGUUAGAUUUUAAUAAACCGGCAUAUUUGUAUUUUCAGCCACUGUAACAUUAUUAAAUGUUCAAACACUGUGACUGUUCAAAUCGUGUGUAAUGUUACAGUGGCCGAAAAUACAAAUAUGUAUUUGUGUUUGAAUAUUUAAAACAGUGAUUCUUUGGCAUACCACUAGAUGGCGCCCGACUACCACUAAUAUCGCGAGUAUCACAGUUUGAGAAAGACUGUCUUAUGGGACAACAGAAAAGAUAUCAAUUGACCAGGCUUUGGCCAGAUGACCUUCCAUGCCAUUAGUUGUUUGUCCAUUAACAGGUCAGAGUGGGUCCUGCCCCAUUAUAAGGGUUUUAAACUUUCUUAAGCAGUAAUAUUGCAAGCUAACUAAAUAAGUGAAUACAACCCGGAGGUCAGCAACCCAAAAUGCUGAAAAGCCGUAUUGGACCAAAACAAAAAUCUGUCUGGAGCUGCAAAAAAUGUAAAAAGGCUUUAUAAGUGUUAUAAUGAAGGCAACACAUGAUGUAAGUGCCUAUAUUAAACUACUAUCAAAAUGACUAUGUGUCGCAGGCUGAUGCAAAUAUUCUUUGAGAGAAAUGUUGAAAUAUAUUUAUUCUACACAUUUUUACAACAUUGGAAAACAUUACUAAAACAGAGGCUUCUCAGAGGGUGUGAUAACUCCUGGACAUUACUGGCUUAAAAUGGCCAAAGGUAAAGAUGUGUGUGUUCAAGUUGAAGGAAACGGAAACUACAGAUAAAAUGACCUCAAAUAUACAAACUACAAGGCAUAAUGAUGCAUUAUGUACAUACAACUGGCAUUAAUAGCAUUGAUUAGCUUGCAGUCAUGCAGUGACCAAAUAUGUCUGCUUAGCACUCCACACAAGUCAAUAACUUUAACAAAGCUCACCUCUGUGAGCUUUGUUAAUGUUUGGUGUAAAACGUUUGGUGGACAGAUAGAGACAAAGAAUGAGUGGCAUAAAACAUCUUUCUGUGGCAGCAUCAAGGAAAGUUGUACAUGCAAACAAACUACGGUGCGUUCAAGGACUUCCGAAAUGACAAAAUGGUAUGCGCCAAAUACUCUCAUCAGUAAAGCAUGUUUAAUGUAAACAGUGGGAUUUCUAAUUAGGAAAGUUUGUGUCAUGUUUGUCCUCCUACAGACACCAUAUUAAAACAUAAAAUAUGUAUUUUUCCAUUUUCAUAAAUUUUUUUUAAAAGCUCCAGGGAGCUACUAGGGCAGCACUAAAGAGCCACUUGUGGCUUGAAAGCCGUAGAGGUAAAAAAAAAAAGGAGUUUACUUACGAGGAGAAGAGUCGUGUGCCGUCCACCAGGGUGCAGUUGUAGUGGUAGCGGACCAGGUCGUUGGUGGCCGUGGUUUCAUUGCAAACGUCGGGUUUGUGAAGGAUCUGGAUGUCCACUUUGUCGCUCGGGUUGUGGAAGUCGAUGAUGUGGAGGUCAAAGAG